AAGUGAUUUGUCGUGUGUGCACGUCUGGAUCUCAAACCAUAGCUGAAAGAGCAUUUUCAUCCGUUUGAUGCGGCCGUGCCUUCGUAGAACAGUCCGUGGAUUCACGUUCUUUCUGCAGGCCUACUUCCGUCAUUUUGUCUAAAUAUUUGAUCAUGGUUAACACUAUUUCCAUGAACAGUUACAGAGCACAUGAUACAAAUUGAAUAUUUUUAACAUUCGAAAUUGCACUGGAACGAUCAUAUCGCAAGGAUAGCGUGUUGCUGUGACUUGUCAUGAACGAGCCAGAGAGUGGAGUGGUCUCGUUCGACGAGUAUGUUAGGCAGAAGGCCCGCAGUGUGCCCCAGCAUCGGAUGAAGGAGUUCUUGGAGUCUUUGGCCAAUAAGGGCCCAGAAGUGCUCCAGGAAUUUAGCCAGCAGAGCAAUGCAGCCACUACCACCACCAUGGUGUAUCAACAGAGUGGCAACUGUGUCUACACCGACAGCACCGAGGUGGCCGGAUCACUCCUGGAGCUAGCAUGUCCAGUUCAGGUGACCUCGGCUCAAAUGUCACCCCAGACAUCUGAGCAGCAAAUUCAAGUGCAAGUGCAGAUACAGGGACAGCAGGGACAGGCUGUUGGUCAACUGCUCCAGGUGGCUUCCCCUUCACAGCAGGACAUACAGGGCAUCUCCACCGCCGCACAGCUCGUCCAGCAGGGAGAGCUAACUGAAGAACAGCACCAGCAGAUUCAGGCUCAGUUGGUUGCAGCAGUAGGCCAGCAGAUUCAACUUCAAGGAGGCCAACAGAUUCAACAGAUUCAGUUACAAGGAGGCCAACAGAUUCAUCUUCAAGGAGGCCAACAGAUUCAUCUUCAAGGAGGCCAACAGAUUCAGCUUCAAGGAGGACAACAGAUUCAGCUUCAAGGAGGGCAACAGAUUCAGCAGAUUCAGUUACAAGGAGGCCAACAGAUUCAGCUUCAAGGAGGUCAGCAUAUUCAGCUUCAGGGAGGCCAACAGAUUCAACAGAUCCAGCUCCAAGGAGGCCAACAGAUUCAGCUACAGAGCGGCCAACAGAUUCAGCUACAAGGCCAACAGAUUCAGCUUCAGGGUGGUCAGCAGAUCCAACAGAUCCAGCUUCCAGGUGGUCAGCAGAUCCAGAUCCAGACUGUGGAGGCCAUGUCUCCAUCCCAGCAGCAGGGCUCUCCCCGGGAGGCCGAGAGGAGGGCCGGCGCCUCCCCCACUGUCCUCCAGCCAGCCAAGAAGCGCAAGGUGGACGUCCCCAUCGCGGUGUCGUACGCUCUUCCCCAGGGACAGCAGGUGGCAACCGUCCUGGCCAUCCCUCAGGGGCAGCAGCAAAGCUAUGUCUCCCUCCGUCCUGACCUGUUGACUGUGGACAGCACACACCUGUACAGCACUACGGGCACCAUCACUGGGCCCGCAGGGGAAACCUGGACAAUCCCUGUUUACUCCACCCCCCAGCAGCAGGGCGUGGCCCACAUCGCCAUUCCGCAGGAAGCUUAUAACACCGUCCAAGUGGCGGCCGGCCAAGACAAAGACAAGAUGGCCGCCGUCUCGUCGGCAGGGUCGGUGGCGGUGCAUUCGGGGGGGGCGGUGACGUCGGGGAUGCAGGAGGAGGUGGUCCAGACGCUGUUCCCGGCGCAGUUCAUGAACGGGAACCUCCACAUCCCAGUGGCGGUGCAGACGGUGGGCGGGGCCUACAACACCACCCAGUCGCUGCACAUCUGGGACCCUCAGCAGCAGCACGGCCAGGGAGGAGAGGAGCAACAGCUACACCUGCAGGCCGAGGCGGAUGGACAAACGGAGGCGUCCACUGAGCUGCUGCUUCCUGUCUCGCUGAAGCCGGAGGAGGGCCUGGAGGUGUGGAGGCUCUGGGUCCAGCGCAAAAAUGCAGAGCUGGAGAAAGAGGAGAAGCAGAAGCUUGCGCCCAUUGGACGUCGUCAGCCCAUGCGUUUCCAGGAGGACCUGGUAUCAAGUGCAGUGGCUGAGCUCAACGUGGGGCUGGCCCUGAUGACCCAGGAGGCCCGAGGGCUGGAGGGAGAGCAGUUUGAGCCGGAUGCUCUCUACUACGUGUUCCUCUGUAUACAGAAGUAUCUCUUUGAAAAUGGACGAGUGGAUGACAUUUUCUCCGAUCAGUACUACACACGUUUCUCCCAGUGGUUACACAAAAUCCUGGAUGACUGGAGACCAACUGUCCACCCGUUGGGCUACUUCAUCCCCAGUCAUGUGACCGAGGAGAUGUUGUGGGAAUGCAAACAGCUGGGCGCCCAUUCACCAGCCACACUGCUCACCACGCUCAUGUACUUCAACACUAAGUAUUUCCACCUGACGACAGUGGAGCAGCACAUGAAGGUGGCGUUCUCCAAGGUCCUGAGGCACACCAAGAAGAACCCCUCCAACCCCAAGGACAAGAGCACCAGCAUACGCUUCCUGAAAGGAGUGGGGCCUCACCAGAUCGGCCAGAAAGUGACGGACGACAUGUACGAAGAGCAGGGGGAGGAUCCUGAGAACCCACUGCGGUGUCCCAUCAAACUCUACGACUUCUACCUAUUCAAGUGUCCCCAGAGUGCGAAAGGGCGCAACGACGCCUACUACUUAACGCCGGAGCCUGUUGUGGCCCCCAACAGUCCUAUAUGGUACUCAACUCAGCCAAUCACGAGCCAGCAAGUGGAGCAAAUGCUCACACGCAUCAUCAUGGUGCGGGAGAUCCAGGAAGCCGUAGCGCAGGGGAUCAUUCACUGAGACUUACCGGCCUUCCGCUCUCGUCUCUCUCUUUCACACAGUCCUGGCUGUGGCUUCCCUUCUCACUCCUGGAGCCUCAGCAACUCUUAAGGAACUCUAAAGUGGUCUUUAACUCUAUCCCCAAACGGUCUCAGUUUACAUCUACGGACGUGAGCGACACUGUUUACAAGAGUUGAUUUCAUGGCCUUUUUAAAGAAAAGAAAAAAAACAGACGAAAAGAGAGAGAAAAGAACAUAUUCCUCAGUUUUGUUUAUCUUAAUCAUGACUGUUAAAAUGAUUGUCACCCUCAUGCCUGAUGCGGACCGACUGACUGAUAAGUUUGUUCUUCAUGCGUGAGGACACUCAUCACCUAAGCUCUUUGCUUCACGCUGUUUUAAACGACAAAGAGCAGGAGAGAGUUGAUCCAUGCGGUUACUCAUAACUCAGAGAUCAUUAUAAACUUUCUGCGUCACCUGACAUUAGAGGGUUAAACGCCCCAACUAACUCAGUCUAAUGUAUAAAUAUUGUGCGAAUAUAUGGACAUUUCUCCUUUAAGUCCCCCCCAACCUCCUCUCAAGUCCUGGACCCGCGACGGCUAUUGGGUUCCCCAGAGCACGAUGGAUCACGCCUGAACACAGGAUCUCAACAGACAGGACCCCUCUGCUCAAUGUUUUGUUGUUUUUUUUUAUAUUGCAUUUACGAUCUCCUGUAUUGAUAUUAUAAGACUGACGGAGGCUCGAGCCUUUGUUUUCAAACAUG